GUCGAGCCGCGCCGAGCGGUGCCGAGCGGGACCGAGCACCGGGGUCGAGCGGAGCCGAAGGCCCCGCGGUGGCCGCGACGCGCGCGAGUAGCACCACACCGCCGGAGCGUGUGUGUGCGUGCGUGCGCGUUUCUCUCCGCUUUACUACUUCAGUACUCCGCUCCGUUUUCCUCUUUGCUCGUACUCUCUUCUGCCUGGCCGUCCGGAGCAGACGCGGAGAACCGAGAGAGUGAGAGAGAGAGAGAGAGAAAGUCCGUUGUUAUCCUUGGCGCGCGUCGUCAGCGUCAAUCAACCAUCAAUCGUAAUCGUCGUCAUUAUUGUUUGUUAUCUUCGUUAAUCACCGUCUACGUAUAUCUUGCCGCGUGUGUACGCCGCGUCCUUUCCUACUGGCCCGCGCGCGUGCAUGGACGACACGCGCGCACGAGCCGACGAGGAUAUAGCCCUGGAUUCGUCUCGUUUACGCUCGUCCGCUCGGCUCGGCUCCGCCGCGAGCAUCGCCGCUGCCGCUGCCGCUGCCGCUGUCACUGCCACCGCUGCCUCCGUAGCUACUACCACCACCUCCACUACCUCCUCGACCGCCGCCGCCACCUGCCGCGUCGCGAGACGCAAGAAGAAGAAGAGGAGGCGUCAGCGACUUGUUAUAAGCAACGACGACGUCCCUGCCGUCGCCGUCGUGGUCACAUCCCGUGGUGUUACCACUUCAAGUAGCGUCGCCGUAGCCGAAGACAACACCGCGACCGACGUCGCCACCACCGCCGACGCUGUCGUCGUCCUCGAGCCUAACGCUGACGCCGCCGCUGCCGCGAACGCAUCCACCGCUGGAACAGACCCAGCGGCGGCGCGGGUCGAUAAACUGAGGAGCCGCCUCCACGGCAGAAGCGGCACGCGUGCGGCCGCCUCCUCCGUCGGCACCACCGCCGGCGUCACGCUUCUCAAUCGACGCGCCGGCAAACGCUCGCCACGGCGAUGCAACGCCGGCGGACGUAGAAGCGCGAUGACGAUGGACCUGCAGCGGCUAAUCAACGAGGUGCACGCGAGGCCCGCGAUCUGGGACCAGAAGAAUGUCAACUACCACAACCGCGAUGUCAUACUGAAGAUGUGGCGGGAGAUCGCGAGGGCAUGCGAGGUGUCGACGGAUGUCGCCAAGUCCAAAUGGAAACAUCUACGCGACAACUUUCGAAACGAGCUGAAAAAGACCUACCGGGGUAAAUGCGACGGUAUCGGCGGCACCGAGCACGACUCCAAAUGGGUCUGGUUCAAGAGCCUAUUCUUCCUGCGGGACCAAAUGAACUCAAGGGUGAUCGGCUGCGCUCUGUCACAAAACUGCGUUAGUGCGGUCGGGAUGCGUUCUUCGCCGGAUGGCACGCAGAUCGAACCGCAGAUCGACAUUCUUGAGGGCCACGAGGAGACUCAGUUCGAUGACUUGGACGGUGACUCUUGCCAAUCAUUGCUAUCCAACGAUGACGGCCUGCAUCAGGUGAUGCCGCCGCCAAAGAUGAACAAGAUAAUCAGUCGGAAACGAGCGCUAAUGGACGCGAUCGAAAAUGAUUACGGCGUGGAAGUGGAUCGAAAGCGAUAUGAAUCAUUGCAGAAGAGGCUGGCGAUCGGUCCGGAGGAUGAGGACGACACCUACCACUUUCUCAUGAGCGUACGAAAUCCCCUGAGAAGCCUGCCGCUCGAUAGGCAGAUGUUUGUUCGUCUCAAGAUCCAGGAGUUGGUCUACAACGAAAUCAACUCGCAAAAUCAACAGCAGCAGCAGACCGCAGGUCGUGGAAUCUACGACGCUUCCUCACAGGGCCAAGAUGUGAAACCCCCGCGCGCCGGUAAUGGCGACGUCGUCAGCGACAUGGCGAAUCCGGCGUCGUUGCUACAGAACUGCACGCCCGAGGGCUCCGGCGACGAUGCGUUCUUCGGCUGACGAGAGCCCGUUUGCUGUUUAAUUCGCUAAUAGGACGUAAGAAUUAUAAUUUUAAUAGAAAAUAAACGAUGGUAUUUUUUCAGUAACCUUCGCACGA